UAUAGGAGCAUGUAUCCUGUUUGGAAAUCUUUUCUCGAGGGAACAAUGCAGGUAGCCCAGUCUCGGAUCAAUAUAUGUGAAAACUAUAAAAACCUCAUUUCUGAGCCUGCAAGGACAGUGAGAAGCUUAAAAGAACAGCAGCUGAAAAGGUGUGUGGACCAGUUGACAAAGAUCCAAACUGAAUUGCAAGAGACAGUGAAAGAUUUAACUAAAGGCAAAAAGAAGUACUUUGAGACUGAACAGAUGGCUCAUGCAGUACGAGAGAAAGCUGACAUUGAGGCAAAAUCUAAACUUAGUCUUUUUCAAUCAAGAAUCAGUUUACAGAAGGCAAGCGUGAAGUUAAAAGCUCGACGAUCUGAGUGCAAUUCCAAAGCAACCCAUGCGAGGAAUGAUUAUCUUCUCACAUUAGCAGCAGCAAAUGCCCACCAGGAUCGCUACUAUCAAAUAGAUUUAGUUAACAUUAUGAAGGCUCUUGAUGGAAAUGUAUAUGAUCAUCUGAAGGAUUAUUUAAUAGCCUUCAGCCGGACUGAACUAGAGACUUGCCAAGCUGUGCAGAACACGUUCCAGUUUUUAUUAGAAACUUCCAGCAAGGUGGUACGGGACUAUAACCUUCAGCUGUUUUUACAAGAAAAUGCUGUAUUUCACAAACCCCAGCCCUUCCAGUUCCAGCCUUGUGACAGUGAUACCAGUCGACAAUUAGAAUCAGAAACUGGGACCACAGAGGAGCACAGUCUAAACAAGGAGGCUCGGAAAUGGGCCACACGUGUGGCACGUGAGCACAAAAAUAUUGUUCACCAACAACGGGUUCUAGAUGAUCUGGAAUGUCAUGGAGUUGCAGUAUCAGAACAAAGCCGAGCAGAGUUGGAACAGAAGAUAGAUGAAGCUAGAGAAAAUAUUCGUAAAGCUGAGAUAAUUAAGUUGAAAGCUGAAGCCCGGCUGGAGCUGCUAAAGCAGAUUGGUGUUUCUGUGGACACAUGGCUGAAGAGUGCAAUGAACCAAGUAAUGGAGGAACUGGAAAAUGAGCGAUGGGCCCGCCUUCCUGCAGUGACCAAUAAUGGCACUGUGCACUCGCUUAAUGCAGAUACAGAAAAAGAAGGAGAAGAGUUUGAAGACAAUAUGGAUGUUUUUGAUGACAGCAGUUCCAGCCCUUCCGGCACAUUACGAAAUUAUCCACUCACCUGCAAAGUUGUUUAUUCCUACAAGGCUUCUCAACCAGAUGAGUUGACCAUUGAGGAACAUGAGGUGUUAGAAGUGAUUGAAGAUGGAGAUAUGGAAGACUGGGUGAAGGCUCGAAAUAAAGUUGGCCAAGUGGGUUAUGUGCCAGAGAAGUACCUACAGUUCCCCACCUCCAACAGUCUGCUGAGUAUGCUGCAGUCCUUGGCUGCUUUGGACAGUCGGUCACACACGUCCAGCAAUUCCACGGAGGCCGAACUUGUUUCAGGCAGCCUCAACGGAGACGCCAGUGUCUGUUUUGUAAAAGCACUUUAUGACUACGAGGGCCAGACAGGUGAUGAAUUAUCUUUUCCUGAGGGAGCAAUCAUCCGAAUCUUGAACAAAGAAAACCAGGAUGAUGAUGGCUUCUGGGAAGGGGAAUUCAAUGGGCGAAUUGGGGUUUUCCCAUCGGUACUAGUGGAAGAACUGUCAGCCUCAGAAAAUGGUGACACUCCGUGGAUGAGAGAGAUUCAGAUCUCUCCUUCCCCCAAGCCACCUGGCCCGCUGCCUCCACUGCCGCUGUAUGACCAGCCUCCCAGCAGCCCAUACCCCAGCCCAGAUAAGAGGAGCUCCCAGUACUUCCCCCGCUCGCCUUCAGCAAAUGAAAACAGCUUCCAUGCUGAAUCGCCAGGAUUCUCACAGGCACCAAGGCACACUCCUGAGACCUCAUAUGGCAAACUGCGACCCGUCCGGGCAGCUCCCCCUCCACCUACGCAGAACCACCGAAGGCCAGCAGAGAAGAUCGAGGAUGUGGAAAUCACACUGGUGUGAUGAUGGGUUAGCCCAUCCAUUACUGCUACAAUCAAGGCCAGGCCUGGAGUUUGGCCAGGCUUGUUUUUUAGGCACCUUUGCAUGAUGAUGACUCUUGAACAGAGCAAAAACAAGGAAGAUUAUAUGUGACUGGGUAGCCUGGUGGACUCCUCCCACGUUUUGAAUAUUUUGUGCCUUUUUUUGUUGUCAUUUUCUAUGUCAUCUCUCCUACCAUAGCACAAAUCCUAGUGGGCCCUAGAAGCAGAGGGGGGCAUCCUCAUGUCUAACAGUGGUCCAUUUUUAUACAAGAUUCAAGACCAGGCCUCUUUCAGGGCACAGUCCCAGAGAUACCAAUCACGUGCACUCGUACAGUAUAUUACUGUGGCCACGGGAUGUGGCAGAGAUAUUCAUCUUUCUUCAAGUGGCUUUUGCUUGUCUGGUUGAAUUUAAUCAGAUCACUGGCUACAUAAGGAAGAGAAGGAGGGACUUCAGGAGAGGCUGGCUCCUCCCCAUUGUUAGUCCCCAGACUGAGAAAGUGAAACCUGAUUGGAAAAAAGGACUGCCCCGAGUUUAACGCCAGUUACUUUAAUGCACAUCUCUUCCACAACUAAUGGAUUUAAAAAAUAACGGUGUCCUUUGUAUUAAUAUUUAUGCCAUUCAUUUAGUAUUAGUGGAGCUAAUAUUGGAGGGGCUGAACUAGUAGCCAAAUCUUGUCCAUCACAUAGACUAAUGGAAAGGAGGCUGUGGCUGAAGCAGAAAUGGAGCUUCCAGAUCUGAAAUGAGCCAAUUUAAUGUUUUUUAUAUUUGGGUAUUUUCAUCUUAAUUUUUGCAGCAUAUACUCUUCUGACUAGUAUCCUUAGAAUCUGAAUGUCUAGAUCAAUUGGCAACACAUACCUGCCUUCUUGAGCUUCUCUACUAGCAAGGUCCCUGGAAUUACUUUAUUCCCAAGGCAGUGCACUGGCCCAGUCAGCCAGAGAAAAUGCAGCUUCCUAGGUCCCAUCAACCUGAUGUUUGCUUGGGAGGAAGAACCUGUGGCUCAUGGAGGAAACUGGCUUCUUAUAAAAAGGGACUAAAUGAUUGCACACCCUGCACAAGUGCAAAACGAGGAGGAAAAGACAAGUUCUUCAAGCCCAGGGAGGGCCAGGAGUCGCACUUGCAUCCUCCUGUGAAAAACAGAGAAUGCCUUACCUAGGGACUAAGGGUAUUUGCCAGUUGCUUUUUUUUUCUUUUUAAGAAAUCAAAUUUGCAGAAUUUAAUCUGAAAGUUGUAUUAUGCUUUGAAAACUCCAUCCCUCCUAAAAAAAUCUUUAAAAACUUGAAAUGCUUACCACAUGUCCCCAUGGGAUUUUUGACCAAAAGUAAGGUCUUAGCUGAAGAAAUUUUUGGUUAGAAAUUGAUCACUUCAUGACAAUACCCACUGAUGAAUCUUCUUCAUAACUUGGGGGUUUUUUGUUUCUGUUUUUUGCAUUUCUUAACCUGUUGAUCUAUUUGAGGUCUUUUUGUGUUUAUCAAACUUAUUCUUAAGUUUAAAAAAGAAAAGGGUGGUUUUUUAAGAUUUGAAAGUUUGCUGGCGCAUUUAAAAAAAAAAAGCACUUUAAAAAUCUUUGAAGUGCUUAAACCAGGCAGUUCUCACCACCCAAUCUUGUAUUCUCUCCUUAGCUAGCCAAAUUGUCCUUGAAUCUGGAUUUUCCGCAUUCUCAGAGGGUUAUUUGAAGUUUUUUGUUGUAUUUUAAAAUAUCUUUUGGAAGAGCUGCUAAUUUUAUUUUAAAAAAACAGAGUUGUAAAAAUAUGCCUCCUUUUUAAGAAGAACCUCUCCCUCCAGGACGUGUAACCCAGCGCCACAGUGCACAGGGCCAGGCUCGGAGGGGUACCUCUGUGCUGAUGUGCUUCCUUUAGAGUGGCUGUAAAAAGUUUGUAUUUAUUAUGUAUAAAAUGUUGAAUAAUAAAAAAAUGGAAUUAA